UUCUUGAGUUUCACUUCAUGUUUCCUUCCUGAUUCUGCGCAGCAGGAAAACUUUCCAACGUCUUACUGCUGCACCACAGGACGACGGACAUUAUUACUGCAAAUGGCCCUCCAGUGGCUGAGCUGUGGUACUGCAGUGCUGCUUCUCUUGGUCUGCAUCGUCCCGGUGGACAUGCAGUCCUGCACCGGAGGAAUCCCCGGGAUCCCCGGGAUCCCCGGCACCCAUGGACCCAACGGACGGGACGGUGUGAAGGGGGAGAAAGGAGAUCCAGGUGAAGGAGGCCAGCCAAACAGGGGCCAGGAAGGGGUGGCAGGUGUGCGGGGCCCGCCGGGCCGGCCUGGUAUGAAGGGGGACAUGGGUCUGCCGGGCCCUGCCGGAUACCCGGGCCAGAAAGGGGAGAAGGGAAGAGCCUUCAACCCAUCCAACAAGCAGAAAUACGUCUUCUCCAACAAGAGAGCCAUUUCAAAUGUAGCAGAGAUGAAUGCGCCGAUUAACUUCAACAGAGUGAUUUUGCCUGAGUUGGAGCCACAAUUUCAAGGAGAGACGCUGGUAAACGGGACGUUCCAGUGUACAAUCAAAGGAGUGUAUUUCUUCAGUUUCCACGUUUCAGCAAAGACCCGAGUGUGUCUGAAGCUGAUGAAGGGCAGCAAGGAGCACUUCACACUGUGCGACGGCGCCGACGGUUUCUUGGUCACGUCCGGCUCGGCGGUUCUGGACCUGGAAGUCGGAGAUAAAAUUUCUGUGGAGCCAACCAGGUACAACGGCAUGGUGGUGUCGCAGAGCAGCACCAGCCACAGCUUCACCGGCUUCCUCAUCUUCCCCACCUUUUAACCCUCCGACCGUCCACCAGCCCGUCCACCAGCCCGUCCACCAGUCUGUCGGACAUUUCAACCAGUCAGAGGAAAUAUUCGUUCUUGGUAGUAAAGGCUGUAUCUGUUCUCCAAAAAUGACAUUUCACGUUUCUCAUGAACACUGCACAAUCAUAAAAUCUUCCCAAUUAUUUUUACCUGGUUUCCAGUGCAAAUACUUUGUACACUUGAAAUAAAACAAAACUAACUUAUAAGUAACGUCUCAGCAAGAAAUAUGAGCUUAUUUCAAAUCAAUAAAAAGUUUUAGUUCCACUUGCAGAUUAGUUCACUUCUAACAUGGGAAAAAUGUCUUUUGUAAGCAAAAUAAUUUUAUAACGAGACAUUUGUUAUAAGACCAAUGUCUUGCAACAGUAUAAUUCAUACAAGUAAUAUAAUUAAUUACAUUUUAUUAAUAUAACAACAUAUUUUAUUAAGAAUUUAUUGACUUAAAAUAAGCUACUAUAUCUUGCUGAAAAAUUAUUUGUAAAUGGGUUUUUUUUAUUUCAAGUGUACUAAGAUAUUUGCACUAGAAAUAAGACUCAAAAUUCUUGGGAAGAUUUUGUGUUUUUGCAGCGACUUAUUGGACGUCUUGCCUGUGUUUUACUGAAACUGCAGUUUUAUUUGUUUUGUCAGCAUAAAAUCUUUGGUCCAGUUUAAAUAAAGUUAAAAUCAGUCA